AUGAAGCUCAUCCUCUCCACCUCGAAUAUCAUGACCGCCGGCGGAUCCUCCGUCAUCCGACACCCGACGACGGCCAAAUCGAACGUCGAACUGAUCCACGCGCUGCGGUCGAACUUCCAAGCGUCGCAGCAAUUAUCGUCGUCGGAGGCGGGGAGCGGGGCAACGUAUCCGGCCUGGACACGCAUGGAAGACGGCGCGCUGUACAUCCCCGCGAUCGACUUUUCGCAGCCGGGGCUGGCGGAGGAGCGCGCCCAAUACGACAUUACAGUAAAACUAUUCUAUCUGCCCGGGAUCCCGGCGUCGCGACGCUGCGCGCACACCCGGGAGGCGAUCGACCUCGUCCUGAAGGAGCUACACGCGGACUCGAUCGACCUGCUCAUCGUGUCGUUCCCGGGCAUCCUGUUCGACGCCGAGGACGACAGCGAGGAGGAGGUGUCGUCGGAGAACGGCAGCGAGGAGCCGGACGAUUUCGACAGUAUCAUACAGACGUGGAAGACGCUGGAGGGGCUGCAGGAAAAGGGCUUGAUUUCUCAACUGGGGGUCGCCGAGUUUGGCAGCGAGCGGCUCGCCCGGUUCCUCCCGCAUACGAAAGUGAAGCCAUCGGUGGAUCAGAUUAACCUCAAGGACUGCUGCGUCGUCCCGAAAUCCUUGAUUCUCUAUGCGAAACAGGAAAACAUCCAACUGCUCACCCACAAUGACUGCAUGGACAUCCUCCCCAGCGGCACCACCCGUGAACUCCUGGGCCCCGGCGACAAGGGCGCGGGCAUCCUCGCCUCUGCGCCUGAUGCCGACGACGGAAUCCAAGGCGACGUCGAGCCGCAGUGGGUGGUGAAGUAUACGGCCGUGGUGAAGGAUCGGGGAGUGGUCGAGAACAAGGGAUAUUUUGCGCUGGCAGAUCUUCUUCAGCACCACAUUCGCCCCCUUGUAGCUCGCCCCGUACCCCUCCAGCACGGCAUCAAAGAACCGCUCCGUGCGCGGAUGCGUGCUCCCAAACGCCCGCUCCAGCACAUACAGAUCCACCGCGCGGUCCUCCGUCUGCGCGCUCUGGCUCGCCAGCCCAAAAUCAAUCGGCACCACGUCGCCGUCCAUGGACGGGUGCUCCCCCUCCUCAUCCACCGGCGGGGCAGCCCCCCACGGCCGCAAGAUGAGGUUACUCGUGGUAAGAUCACCAUGCACAACGCCAGCCCUGUGCAGCGCGCCGAUCGUCCCGCCAAUGCGCCCCAUCAACGCGCGCACCGCGUCCUCCUCCGCCGCAAGCUCCGCGGCCCCCAUCCCCGCCUCGCGCGCCUUCAUCCACGCCUCCCACUUCUCAAACACAACCCGCACAACCAGCCCGUCAAUCCACUCCAUCAGCAGCCAUGCUCCGCCCGAGUUUUCGUUUGGAGUAUUGGUUUGGCCCUCCCAGUCCAGCGCCAGCACCGCGGGGACGCUGACGCCCUCGCGGACGAGCUUGGCCAGACACCGCGCUUCCUGGAGGAUGCGCUGGCGCGUCAGACGGCGGUCGAGGAUGGGGUGGCGGUAGGGCUUGGAGGGGCGGAUUUUGAGCGCGGCCGGGGUCGACGGGGUCAGCGUCGCGUACCCAAGCUCAACCUGCAUUGA